CCAUGGCGCGCGCAAGCGCGCGCCGCGGGCGCGGAUGGCGUUGGCUGGUCUGUGGGGCGCCAAUGGCAGUGAUCCACAGGCCAGUUAUCCAGCCCUUGAUGCCGCGAUGCUUCUCAGUGCAUGCCAAGGUCUUUGGUGACGACCAGCUGGUUCCCACCUUAGAGCUGGCCGGCUACCGACGUCUGGGCGCCAAGAGAAAGGUGAAGCUGCAGGAGGAGUUGGAUCAACUCCUACGUCGCUUCAACUGCGCCGCUUUGACAAGCCCGGGUCGCCUGGACGCCCGCAUCAACUCCGUGCUUUUUGCGGCGAAGGAGGCCUUCCAACAGCGCCGUGACUGGCGCGGCUUCGGAUGCGGCUGGGUCUUUCCCAGAUCCGCGGAGAUGUAUAGCCAUCCACACUAUUUGGCCUUCAUUCGUGAAGAUGGUUCCACCGAUCCUCCUGACCUACCCUUUGGCCUGCAAAGACUCUUGAACGGCAUGCGUCAACAGCUUCUGCCGUUCUUAGAAGAUGUUCUGGAGUUUGGAUUGGGUUACGAAGCGGGCCAACUUGAAAACACUCUGCAAAUGACCACGGCCAUUGUGCACUACUACCCUGAGAUGACGCAACAGGAGACCCUGCUUACACCAGCGGCUUUCCAUUGUGACGACUCCUUCCUCACCCUGAACGUGGAGAGCACCCCGGGCAUCCAUGGUCUUGGGGCCGUUUCCGAGUCCGACGAGUCCCGGCCGCGGAUCAGGCGUUUCUCUUACGGCGAGGUGAAUUCCUCAAUCAUCAACUUAUUCGUGGGUGGAUACCUGCAAACGUUAUCGCAAGGGCGCUGGCGUAGCCUUCUGCACAGUGGCUCCAAUCCCAGCAAUGAAGAUCGUCUUUCCAUCACCAUUUUCUUGGGCAUGCCUCAACUGCAUGGUGCCAUCGGUGAGCACGUCCACACGCGAGGAGAGCAGGAACGCAGAGUCUACGACUGGCUCUCCACAAGUUCCCGGCAUGAUGAUUGGUUGGCCACAGCCAAUUUCGAAGAGAUCCAGGACAUGUAUAGCCAGGGCGAUUCCUUUGAUCCUGCCGUGCGAGAGUGGCUCGGGAUGGCUCGGGCAGACAUUUGUCCAACUUGUCAGGUUCCAAUCGCCAUUCUUCACUGCUAUCAGCUGCUAUCGUUAUAUCGUUGUGCUUCCCAUUUAAGAGACUUCACCCCUGUGGGAUUCCCAUUUCAUCCCAUUUCCACCUCUAGGUUGCUCGAGCGGCCGCGGGAACACAUUUCUAAGAGUCGACAACGGCACUUGAGAGCGAUGCGCAAUGCUCGGCAAAGAGCCCUGGAGCUCUCGAGGCAAUAAGAGAUACCAGGAUGCCAUCGUAGAAUGUGUGAUUCAUCUGAAAUUUAUUGACAUUUGUUACCCUCUGGUUAUUUAACAUAGCC